AUUGAUGAGUAAUUUCAGACUUCACUUUGAAUAUCAAAAUUUGUUUUUGUAUUGCACGGAUAGUUGCUUAUUGUCUUUCCUGUAUUAAAACCAGUUUUAAAAACGCUCCUUCACUGUAACGUUGCUGCCCAAACGCGAAAAUCUGGGCGCCAUCGUAGUCCAAACGUCAACCGAUUCGGCAGGCAUCGGCCAAAUGACUACUAUUUCCCUCCAUUCAUUCGGUGAAUCAGAAGACGAUAAUGAUAGGAAUGAUUUUACUUUACAAAUCAUAGAGAACAUGAAAGAGGAAUACGGUUUGUUUGUAUGGCCUUGUAGUGUUGUUCUUGCUGAGUAUGUUUGGCAACAAAGGUCCCGCUUUUCUGGAAUUCCUGUUCUUGAGCUGGGUGCAGGAACCUCUUUGCCUGGAUUGGUAGCGGCCAAAGUGGGGGCAGACGUUACAUUGACGGAUGAUUCUAAAAGAAUAGAGGUGCUGGAGAACAUUAGGAGAGUUUCUGAUUUGAAUAAUCUGAGCUGUAAAGUAAUGGGACUCUCGUGGGGAAUCUGGGAUGCCCAAAUUUUUGAUUUGCAUCCGCAAAUAUUACUUGGAGCCGAUGUAUUGUAUGAUUCAAAUGCCUUUGAUGAUCUCUUCAGCACUGUGGCUUUCUUGCUUCAAAAUACUCCAUGCUCAGUUUUUAUAACAACUUAUCAUAAUCGAAGUGGACAUCAUCUUAUUGAAUUCCUGAUGGUCAAGUGGCGGUUAAAGUGCAUCAAACUCUUGGAUGCCUUCACAUUUAUGCCAUCUGAGAAAGCAUCUGCUCUAGGUGGUAAUAUUCAAUUGGCUGAAAUCGUAUUGGAUGGCCAAAAGGUGACAUCAUGCUCCAAAGGAAGCUAGUUACCCAUUGCUUUCUCCUAUAUGGGGUCAGAGUCUUCAUAAUAUCUCAGGUUGAUUGAUGCUGAGCUUUAUGAGUCCGAAAUCUCGUGUAAAAGCCAACAGUUUCAAAACAACCAAUGAAUUGACUUCCGCAUGAAAAAAUUCUACUGCACAGAAAGAUAUGCAUGUGCGUAAAUAAUUCUAGACAUUGUUUACCUGGUAUUAUUGUUCAAAUAUGUGUGUAAGUUGCUGCUAUCUAUAGCAAAAAUGAUGGACUCUUUCUGUUUUUUUGUGUGACGACUUAUUGUUUGCUUGUCAUUUAGUAAAAGUGCUUAUCAUUAGCUUC